AUGAAAACCUUUGAUAACAAGCUGUUCAAUUCGAACCCUGGGAAUGUUGAUUUGGGACCAUCUAAUGGUUCAAGGAUCAUGAAGACCAAUGGUUGUCUUGAGAGAUGCAAGGAGAGGCCAAAAGUGGUGGUCCCGGUUGAAAUGAUUGCAGAUGAUGUCGAAUAUUAUUCACAUCAUUCCCUUUAUUGUAAGUUCUUAGGGAUGAGGGUGUCCUUGCAAUUCUUGGAGGUUUGGGCUCAGAGAACCUGGGAGCCGGAAGGGGAAAUGGAGAUAAUGCUGCUGGCGAAUAGUUAUUUCAUGGUCACUUUCUACUGUACUGCUGAUCGCAAUAGGGUGUUUGAGGGUGGUCCUUAUUUCCACAAUAAGGUCGGGUUGUUUAUCAAGCCGUGGCAUGCAGGUUUCAACCCUGCAGAGGAGCUACCUAAUUGUGUCCCAGUAUGGGUUCGCUUACCGAGGCUAUCGAUUGAAUGCUGUCGUGAGGAUGUGCUACAUCUUUUGGCCUCAGUGCUUGGAAAACCUGUAGGGAUUUCAUCGCAGACCUUAGGUAAAAAGCAAUUGGACUAUGAAACUCUUCUAUUUCGUUGUCGCCUUUGUCAAGAGUAUGGUCACUUGCAGCGAAGAUGUCCAAGGAAUCAACCUCGAGAAUCCCAUUCGUCACAGCCUGAGGUCAAGCCUCCUAAGGUGGAUAAAGGGAAGCGCAAUGCUUCUGUGGAGGCAAGGGCUUCUGAUGGUUUUGUUCUGGUCAGGGCUCGGAAUAGGAACAGGGGUCUGAAGAGGUCCUUUAAAGAAAGGCAGGAGGAUACCUUUAACAAGUUUGAGGUUUUGGAUGAGCUUAGCCAACAGGAGGUGAAUCUGGGUUUGAUCAAUUUGGAUCAAGGGCUUGUGGACUUAGCUCAAGUUGAUCCUAUCAUUGAGUCUACUAUGGAGCCUCUAGGGGAGGAAUGUCGGCAAAUGGGUGUUGAUCAGCAAAAGGGGACUUCUGAGAUGCAAGAACCCCUGGCUAUUGUUUCAACUGCAGGUAUGGAUUCUCCAGCUCUUGGACAAUACAGUGGUUCAAGUUCUGCGGCGAAGAAUAAGCCUCCUCCCAAGCUUGGUAUUUUGCAGAAAGAUAUUAAGAAGGGUGGGGCAGAAAAAUUUGGUAAACCUGGCAGAAAAAAGGAUGUGGAAAAGAUUAAAUUGGCUGGUGAAAAUUUGGUGGAGUCGGGGGAAACCAAGUUAUCUGUGGAAAGUAUGCAAGGUCUGAAAUCUAGAGUGUGGAGAAGUGGGGAGUGCCAAUGCAUUGGUGCCCAUGGUGCUUCUGGAGGUUUGGCUUGCUUAUGGAAUCCUAGGAAAAUCCAACCCCUUUGGUGGAUUUCCUCCAAAUCCUCUCUAUCCAUGAUUGCUUCUAGCCUGGAGACAGGUGAGGUCAUUCUAUUCUCCAAUAUUUAUGCGCCUACCGAUCUUCAGGGUAAACAGGUGUUGUGGUCCCAUAUCAGGCUGAUUCAUAGCAUGCUACCUUUUCAUCCUUGGAUUAUAGCUGGGGAUUUCAAUGCUAUCUGUGAGUUGGCUGAGAAGCGGGGUGGCAUUGGUAGACUGGUGCCUUCCGCACUGCUGCUUCAAGAUAAUAUCAAAUUCUUGAACCUUGUGGAUAUUAAACCGAACAAUGGGCAGUUCACCUGGAACAACCGUCAGAGUGGCGAGUUUUGUAUUGCAGAAAGGUUAGAUCGGUUCUUAGUCUCUUGUUACUGGAUUGGUGGGAUGUGGUCAGCUGCCUCUGAGAUUUUAGAUUGGAGGGGAUCCGACCAUUGGCCUAUCAAACUUGUUUUAGAAUCAACUCAGAUUUUCCAGAAGCCUUCCUUUAGGUUCCAACUUAUGUGGCUUCGGGACUCAUCUUUGCAUGAUUUGGUCUCUGAUUGGUGGAGGAAAGGUAGACCAGCUCACGGUACUUCAAUGUAUAUUUUUGCUAAGCUGCUUCAACAUGUUAAAUUUGAGCUUAAGCGAUGGAAUCGUCUGCACUUUGGGAAUAUAUUUCAUGAAAAGGCAGGGGCUCAGGCAGAUUUGGAUGGUAUCACUAGAAGGAUUAGAGAGGAAGGGGUUACUGAUGAAUUGCUUCAAGACGAGGCUUGGGCUAUGAAAUUGCUCGAAGAAUGGGAACUGCGAGAGGAAAUUUACUGGAAACAGAAGGCGCGUAUUGAGUGGCUCCAGGAAGGGGACAAAAAUACAACUUUCUUCUUCAACUCUGUGAAAGCCAGGAGACAUGGUAAUUCUAUCUCGGGAUUGGUGAAUGACAGGGGAGAGCUUCUUUCUUCCUCUCCUGAAAUGUUUAGGGAGGCAGUCCAGUACUUUGAAUCCCUGUUUAGAGAGGACUCGCAAGGGGGAUCUCCCGAGGAAGCGCAAGUUCUUUCAUGCAUCCCCUCUCUUGUGACUGAAGAUAUGAAUCAGCAGCUCAUGAGGGAUAUCUCGCUUGAAGAGCUUGAAGGGGUUGUUUUUAGCAUGAAGAGAGGGAAGGCACCAGGUCCAGAUGGCUUCCCUAUAGAGUUUUUUCAAGAGUUCUGGGAUAUCAUCAAAUUUGAUCUCUUGGCCGUGGUUCAUGAGUCUUAG